AUGGGAAUAACAGUACAAAAUAUAACAGGAAGUACAGCCCUGGUGACCUGGCCCAAAAUGGCAAGUUGUACUGACAGCUUUUACAGUAUCAUGUACAAUCCAAACUGGGACAAAAUGUCGAAAUAUACCAGAAAACAUUUUCAGAAAGAGAGAGUGCCAGCUAGUCGUUCUUCAUUUGUCAUUGAGAAUCUGAUCCCACUAACAACUUACAUUCUGUGUGUAACAUGCCAGUCAGCAAACCCAUCCAGUGACCAAUGCAGAAUUUUUAACACCCUUGAACAAGAUCCAGCAUCCACAAGCAACAAGAAGAAAGAUCUGGCAGUGGGUAUAUGGCUAACCAGCACGGUUUUGCUUCUUAUAAUUGUUGGUAUCCUUGUCUAUGGCUGCUUGCAUAUAUGGUGGCGCAAAAGAAGAGAGAGUUCAGGGAGACAAAGCAUUACACCAGAAGAUAAGGGAGAGGUAUGGGCAAAAAAUGAAUCAUGUAGUUCAGAAGACUUCAACAAGCAGACACAGCCUGUCCAAGGAGUUGAAAUUAAAAUUGCAGAUGGUGUCCAACUGGCCACCAUAAUUACAAAUCCCUUAACAUCUAAGAAGCCCACCAUGCUGAGUUCCAAAAGUCAGGAUUUUGUGCCUAUGUCUGUAAGUUAA